AUGCCUCAGAAAAUUACUGUUGCAGUGGCGCAAGCCCGUACGCUUUCGACUCUUGAAGCGACUCUCGGAGCUCUUAAGGAGAUUACCCAACACGCAGCGUCAAAGGGUGUUCAUCUUCUCUUGUUUCCAGAGGCCUAUCUAGGAGGUUAUCCUCGCACCUGUGACUUUGGAACUGCCGUUGGGGCUCGGGCUCCUUACGGCCGUGAUCAAUUUCUGGAAUACUUCCGCGCAGCGGUCGAUCUGGGGGACACACCCGCUGGGGCCGGCGACGACUGGGUAGAGCGUAAGCUUCCCAAUGCUAAGGGCCGGGACCACCGUGGUGAUGGAACAAGAGAAUUCUUGGAGCAAGUAUCCCGAGAAACGGGAGUUUUCAUCGCAACCGGAUUGAUCGAGAAGGCCGGGGGCAGUCUGUAUUGUUCCGCUCUCUAUGUCGAUCCGUUGCGGGGUAUCCUGGGGAAGAGACGCAAGGUGAUGCCGACUGGCUCAGAGCGUUUGGUUUGGGCACAAGGAUCCCCAUCUACCCUCAAGGCCAUCACCACCGAGCUCAAUGGGGUCAAGCUCACUAUCGCAGCUGCUAUUUGCUGGGAGAGCUUCAUGCCUUUGCUUCGUCAGAGCCUUUAUUCGCAAAAUGUGAAUAUCUAUCUUGCUCCGACGGCUGACAGCCGUGACACUUGGCUACCUCUCAUGCGUACUGUUGGCGGCGAAGGCCGCACGUUUGUGCUCUCAUGUAACCAAUGCGUUCGAUACAACGAACUGCCAUCCUGGAUCACUGAGCAAAACAACUCUUCAGAAGAAGCCUCGGACCGCUACAUCUCGCGUGGUGGAUCUUGUAUCGUCGGACCUCUUGGUGAAGUCGUGGCUGAACCAAUUUGGGAAGUCAGCACUGACGAUUCAGCGGAUGGAUCCAGCAUUGACAACGGACUUGUGAUUUCCGAGAUCGAUUUGGAGGACUGUGAGCGUGGCAGACUUGACAUGGAUGUUGCGGGAAGCUAUUCCAGGAACGACGCAUUCCAGUUGACAGUUGAAGGACUGGAUCUCAACCCUCCUCCAUUCUGA